GUCCUUCGUGUUUAGUAUUUUAAACGUGAGCAAGGAGGCUAAUAUGCCUUGUUUAGUAUGAGUUUACAGGGACUCUAUUAUUGGGAUAUCUGCCAAGGUCUUGAAAACAUUCCAGUUAUCAUAGAGGAAAACGUUACCAAAGGGGAAUUUCCUACAUUUCAGUAUUCUCCAGAUAAUAUUAAAGGGCCAGGAUGUAUCAUAGAGCCCAGUGAGUGUCUUCUUCCUGGAUGCUCCUGCCAAUCUCACUCCUGCCUGAUAGAGAGCUGCUCUUGCCUUCAGAGAUAUGGGCCGACAUAUGACAGCCAUGGUCGACUCUCCCACCAUGAGAGCCCAGACACCGGUUACUGCAGACCUGUGUUUGAAUGCAAUGCUCUGUGUGGCUGCGGUGAGGCCUGCUAUAAUCGGGUGGUUCAAAGAGGCCUGGGGAUUAGACUGGGGGUCUACCUCACAGAGGACAGGGGCUGGGGGUUGAAAGCCCUGGAAACUAUUCCAUGUGGGACCUUUGUAUGUGAAUACGCAGGAGAGGUGAUAGACUAUGUUGAGGCCAGACACAGACAGCUAGCUCAAAGCCCUGAGGACAACAAUUACAUUAUUACUGUGAGGGAGUAUGCAGGACAAGGAACUGUCAGUGAGACGUUUGUGGACCCAGCCAUGGUGGGAAAUGUAGGCCGCUUUCUGAACCACUCCUGCCAGCCUAACCUGGUCAUGGUGCCUGUCCGAGUCCACUCCCCGGUGCCCAGACUAGCCCUAUUUGCUGGAAGGGACAUUACCCUUCAUGAGGAAUUGACAUUUGACUACUCAGGAUGCUUUGGCAACAAGACAGCUGUGGAGAAGAUGCUGGUGCAGACUGCCCCUGGCACAGAGGCCAGCUGCACAGCCACAAUUGAGAGGAAACCAUGCCACUGUGGUGCCUUUAACUGUGCCAGGUUCCUGCCAUUGGACAUUUCGGUAUUCAACAAUUAGGAGGCUUAGUUCUUAAACUUCCUUGUGUGUGGGCGUUUGUAACUAAAUGAUCAGUAUUUGUUGGAAGAUCAAUGUACUAGGACUAUGAACAUGUAUGUAUACAAGACAAUCAGUUUGUUCUUGCAUGGAAUUGUGUUUCCUGUGCAUAUAGUUGUUACUUUCAGAAACAUCCCGUUAUUAUCAAUAAAACAAUAUGAAGCAUCUACAAGUCUAGUCAUCCCUGCUCCAGUCACAGACGACCCAUCUGGCUUACUGAUGAACUAAACACAUGCUCCAUCUGUGUAGAAGACUACACUACAGUAGCUGAAAGUGUAUAUCUUUGGUGUCUGUCAAUUACAUUUAUCAGAGAGAAAGCUUGUUAUGUAGGGCAUGUCCCUUCAGACAUAGCUAUCAACACACUUCAGUCCACAAGUGUCUUCUGACUCUGGCCUAUAUAAAACCUCUGCCCCACUUUGCAUAGAGUACCAGGACCUGGAUGGAGGAUAUCUUUUAACAAACAGACACUAACUUUGUGUACAAGAACAUUCAGUUUCAUAAUGAUGUUUAUUCUGUACCUUGUUGUUCAAAACUCACAUUGACACAGGCUUUACAGCUAAUUUGUGUCUUAUCAGUCAACUCUACAAUUGUAUUCUGCAUUUCUCUAACAUUGUGUCUCAUCAAAGGUAUCUUAAGAUCUUCAUGGGACUCAAAUCUCUGGAGGUGAGAGCAAUUAAAGAAGGCCGGAGGGUAUUUUCAAAUAGAAACGGGUCUCGUUCCCCUGUUACAGGAGGGGCGAAGGUGGCCCACUUACUGUGACCAUUCUUAAAUCAGGACCCUCUCCUUUCUAACUGCUCCAUUUCCAGUCUAGACCUGUUUUCAUCAGUGCUGUUAUAUUAAUAUCCACAUCUGGGCUAAUUAGAAGGGAGUGUUCUGUCCAAAAAUGAGACUAGAGCUCCUGUCACGUUGAGCUCCACUGUAUUGGAAGUCCUCUGCCAAUCACAGUUCUGCAUCAAGUUGAUUUGUUCUUUCUGUGAGAGAAAUAAACUAUAAAGGACUGAGUACAGCACUGAGUACAGCAUUAACCUACAUUUACUUUGCUCUAGUUGUUUAAUGAUAUUGGCAAUGAUUGAUGUGAACAUAAUUUCUAAGUGCAAUCUGCAACAACCUGUAUGA